AUGUCGGGCAAAUACGUCUUCACCAAGGGCUUGAAGGAGCUCCGCUUCUUGUUCUGCCAGACCUCCGAACAGAGCGCCGCCACCAGAACCUUCAUCAACCGUGCCUACCCUACCAUGAAGAAGCAUAACCCACACACUCCCAUCUUGAUCCGUGAGGCCGCCGGCACUGCGCCACGAGUCUUCGCCCGAUACGAUUUUGGCAAGGAGACCCAGGAAGCGCUUUCUGGUCUCACCGACGCUCAGAUCGAAGACCGCGUCACGAACUUGGUGAAGCAGGCUUCAUAA